UAUGGUUCUGGUGGAUUUUGUGAUUUUAAAAUAUGUUUUCAAUACUUUCUAAAUUUAGCUACACCCUUGACAUCCCCAAAACUUCUGCGUCUUCCCCAGAAAUCAUUUGUUUUUAACUACACCCAUGCGCCCAGCAGCUGUUAUUGAUUAGGAGUGCGAUAAAAAUCCAGUAAAGCCUAUUUAUUGACAAUAGGACCACCUUGACGAGGCUUUAAAGUUAUCUAACAUCAAUUAAGCGGUUGGAAUCAUUUAAAAACAAAAACCUUUGAAACUGAAACAUGGCCAAGCUGGACGAACGGAUCGGCUUCAUCGGAGGCGGAAACAUGGCCUUUGCUAUCGGCUCCGGGCUCGUUCGUUGCGGUAUUGUGAAGGCCAGCCAGGUGCUGGUCUCGGGCCCACACAUCGAAAACCUACAGCGCUGGCGGGACCUAGGAGCUGACACCAGUGACGACAAUAACCAGGUGCUGGAGCACACAGACAUAGUCUUCAUAUGCGUCAAGCCGCAUAUGCUCGCUCCCUGCGCAGCUCAGCUAAAGUACAAGCACGUGCCGUCCGCCAAGGAUGCAAACAAGCUGAUUGUCUCGGUACUGGCUGGCACCACCCUCCAAACGCUGGAGGAGCAAUUCGCCUUCUUGCAGAACUCCGGACUGAAGGUGAUCCGCACCAUGCCCAACACAUCUAUGCAGGUGGGUGAGGGCUGCACUGUGUACACGGGCAACUCGCGGGUCUCCCACCACGACCUGGAGAAGAUUCAUCUCAUGCUCAACGCUUUGGGCCUGGCCCAGCAAGUGCCAGAGUCCAUGAUCGAUGCCGUCACUGGAGUGGCGGGCUGCGGUCCGGCCUUCGUCUACACUAUCAUCGAAGCUUUAGCUGACGGCGGUGUUAAGCAAGGGGUGCCCCGGCAGAUGGCUCUACAAUUCGCAGCUCAAACUUUACUGGGAGCAGCCAAGACCGUGCUUAUGACCGGCAAGCAUCCGGCCGUGCUGCGGGAUGAGGUGUGUUCGCCCGGCGGUUCCACCAUUGUGGGCGUUCAUGAGCUGGAGAAAGGAAAUCUAAGAGCUACGUUAAUAAAUGCUGUGGAGAAGUCGUGUCAGCGCUCCGCUGAGCUCGGAAAGAAGUAAAGCUCUCCGUGGUUUCCAGCUCCCCAUCCUUGGCUCUCUACAACUAAAUAUUGUUAAUAGAAAACGCAUAGUGUUGAUAUUAUAUUACUAAUAAUAUAAAGCUUGAGUUUA